UAACCCACUGUUCCCAAUUCAUGCAAAUAUAGACAGCCACUUGUUAAGCAUAGCCUAGGUCUAAUGUUGCGUUCAUAACCAAGUGGGAAUUUCUUCUAUCAUCUAACCUCUCUCACACUUUGACCUCUGACAUCACCCACUCAGGAAAUUACCUUGAUAACAGCAUUUUUGGCAGUUAAAUUAAAAAACAAAACAAAAUAUUUAAGAAUAUGGCUUUAGAACACUAUGAUUUGUUUACAAGCAUAAUAGCUGUAAUUGUAGUUUAUGGUUGACACAGCUUGUGGACAAUUAGCAUCCAACUGGUAUUUCCAACAUCACAACUGGUACCACCUUUCCACUUGAUUAUGGAUGUAGCAUUACAUAUUCCACAAACAUGGUUUACUUUUGGUAUGAGACAAUAUAAGUUUGCCGCUUGUAGUCUAAUGUAGGCCUACUACAUAUACCAGUAGAUACAGUACAUACUGAAUGACUGCAGUAAUUCCGCAGUAAUACCAAACUUUGCAUCUGCACUGUUCUUCAAGAAAAGGUGUUUUUGUAAAAUUCUCAGUGGAAAUUGUUAUAUAAGUGCAUAGAGUUGUAUGGUUUACUUAACUUUGCAAUCAUUUGUUUGACUUACAUUUUAAAGUGAAAUGUUUUAGUCUUAGUGUCACUCUGUUACAGUGGAAUUGCCCAUAGGCUACCAGUGCUAAUUCUCCUUGUUGCUAAAACGUAUUGUGCUUGCAAUUCUUUUCAGAACCAUGAGGAUCCUCUUCAGAAACCUACGCCUCAGUAGAUGGUCCAUUGUUAUUGGGACUGCGUUGGUGUCAUUGAUUGGUGUCAUCUUUAUGACGAUGGACGUCAAUGUCUCACUAACAUAUAGGGGAGAGCUCAGAGUGUGGCGUAAGAACCACACAGGUUGGCAUUGGAACACCUCUGCCUCCACCACACCACCGCUGUCACAGCCUACUGUGGAUGUUUUCAAGUGCUCCCUCAAUGACAGCAUGCAGAAUAUUCCGUCCUCUGUCCCACCUCCCCACCGUAACUUCCUCAUGUAUAAACACUGCAGGACAUUCCCCCGCCUGCUGUCUCCAACACCCUGUGAGAAUGACCUUUUUCUCCUGCUGGCCAUUAAGUCCACAGCCAUCCAGGUGGAUCGCAGGAUUGCGCUCCGGAGCACUUGGGGAAAGAGGGGAUAUGUUCAGGGUAAAAGGGUGAAACUGUUGUUCUUAGUAGGUAAGUCGUUAGACAGAAUACAGGGAUUCCUGCUGCAGCAGCUACUGGAGUGGGAGAGCAGGCAGUUUGGGGACAUCCUGCAAUGGGAUUUUGAGGACAGUUUUUUCAACCUGACCCUGAAGGAGGUCCACUUCCUGAACUGGUUCACCUUGGAGUGCCAGUGGGCCCACUUUGUGUUCAAAGGGGACGAUGACGUUUUUGUUCACACAAGCAAUCUGGUUGAAUAUGUUAAAGGCCACGAGCCCUCUGAGCAACUCUUCGCUGGUGACAUAAUUUCAAGAGCCUAUCCAAUCCGGCACAACCAAUGGAAGUACUUCAUACCAGAGGAGAUGUACCCCAACAAGCCAUAUCCUCCAUACGCUGGCGGUGGGGGCUACCUGAUGUCACGUCAGACUGUGCUGAGCCUGGGAGUGGCAGUGUCCAGCACUGACCUCUUCCCCAUUGAUGAUGUCUUUGUGGGCAUGUGCCUGCAGAAGAUUAAUGUGACGCUGACACACCACUCUGGCUUCAGAACCUUUGGGUUCCAUCAGGUGGUGUCACAUUUCAACCCCUGCAUUUACAGGGAGAUCAUGCUGGUGCACAAACUGAAUCCCACCGAGAUGUGGACCAUGUGGUCUCUACUGCAGGACACAAAGCUGAAGUGCUUUAGAUUAAGGAUAUGAGGCAUCAGGUGUUGUGUGUAUCUUGCUGUACUUGUCUGUCUCACUACUGUAAAAGAAGCAUUCCUUUCAUAGAGAAAUUAUCCUUAUAAAUGGUCAAAAAUAGCUUCCUUUCCUUCAUCAAUAUUUCUAUUUGAAGUAUUCUGACAUAUUGGCUUUACUGUGUAUUCAGUUCAGCAAAGAUGGUGUACGAGCCCUACGGAGAUUUGAUACUUUUGACAAAGAAGUUUGUAGAAUGUUUCUUGGGUUCUAGGAAGGUCGAACAGAAACUAUAAAAACAGGUCUAGUGGGUUACAGAGGUACUGAUGGGUAACAAACUUAACAGGUCUAGUGGGUUACAGAGGUACUGAUGGGUAACAAACUUAACAGGUCUAGUGUGCUGUGGGGGAGGGGAGCUGUGGUGUACAAUUAUUAUAAAGAAUCAAUUGGUUGGGGGAGCAGUGAUGAACUAUAGCUGAAAUCUGUGGAUUGUAAAUGUAUAUUUAAAUGUGAUGUCAUAAUGAUUUCUGAAACAUGUGGUCGUUUCCAGGGUUUUGUCAGUUUCUAUUCAGAUGAACUUUGUUGCAUAUUGCAUUGCAUUAUAAUUGAAUUACGCAAUGUUCUUGUAAAGGCCAUUUAAAAAAGGAACCAAGGAUUUUAAGAUAGGAGAUAAAUAAAGUGUGUGCAGUACUUUAAGUUUGUUUAGCAGUUUCAACCUUGACCACGAUCCCACUGUCCUAUGAGCCCGAGGUCAGGUGUUUUUUUUAACUGAAAGUCAACCAGUGUUGGGUUUCACUGUUCCAACACUUCCAGUCAGCAGAGCCAGCUAUAUCCCUCUGCAUACCUUUCCACCACACAACUAUCACACCGACAAAUUGACAAGGCAACCUUUUUAAAAUUGUGUCCAAUCGUAAAAAAGAACUAUAGCCUCUCAACUUUGCACUCUGAAGAGACAUGUAAAUUUGUGCACCUCACCACUUCCUUGUGGGUGGCACCUGUUUUUCAGCAGUCAUGCAAAAUAUGAUAGAAUGUACUGUAUGUGGUUGAAAAGGUGGCUGUUGUCUGUUUGUAUACUGAACAAA